GAGGCGCUGCGGACGAAGGAAAAUAAAUUAAUAAAAAAAAAGAGAGUCUAAAAAAGUGCGGUUAUGUGAGGCUUGUUGUUUUCUUUGUUAUUGUUGUUGUUUUUAGAAUGAGCGUAAAGGGCAGGACGGGAGUGUUCUGAGAGCAUGCAAGAUAGGUUCUGGCUGACGAAGCGACUUUUGGUUAUAGUUAUAUUUUUGGUUAUCAUCUUGGUCUUCAAGAGCUGGCUGCAAUGACGACGAAGAAGGUGUCGUACUUCUACAAUCCGGACGUGGGCAACUUCCACUACGGUACAGGACACCCGAUGAAGCCCCAUCGUUUAUCAGUUAUUCACAGUUUGGUUUUAAAAUACGGCUUGCAUAAUAAGAUGUCCAUUUACAGGCCCUACAAGGCUAGCGUGCACGACAUGUGUAGAUUCCACUCGGACGAGUACAUAGAUUUCCUCCAGAGAGUGACACCGCAGAAUAUACAGGCUUUCACCAAGCACCUGAGCCACUACAACGUAGGGGACGAUUGUCCCGUGUUUUACGGCCUCUUUGAUUUUUGUUCGAUGUACACGGGCGCUUCGCUGGAGGGCGCCAUGAAGUUGAACAACAACCACUGCGAUAUUGCUAUAAAUUGGUCGGGCGGUCUGCACCAUGCCAAGAAGUUCGAAGCGUCCGGUUUCUGUUACGUGAACGACAUAGUCAUCGGUAUUUUGGAACUGCUGAAGUACCACGCGAGAGUAUUAUACAUAGACAUUGAUGUGCAUCACGGGGACGGCGUGCAAGAGGCCUUCUAUCUAACGGAUCGCGUGAUGACCGUCAGCUUCCACAAGUAUGGAAAUUACUUUUUUCCAGGAACGGGUGAUAUGUACGAAAUUGGCGCCGAGACAGGACGAUAUUACUCGGUGAACGUGCCGUUCAAAGAGGGCAUCGACGAUGUCAGUUACUUCCAAGUCUUCAAGCCGGUGAUCUCGAAUGUGAUGGAGUUCUACAAUCCCACUGCGAUCGUGCUGCAGUGCGGAGCGGACUCCUUGGCUGGCGAUAGGUUAGGGUGCUUCUCGUUGAGCACCAAGGGUCACGGCGAAUGCGUCAAGUUCGUCAAGGAUCUGAACGUUCCGACUUUGGUGGUCGGCGGCGGCGGAUACACCUUGCGCAACGUGGCCAGGUGUUGGACUUACGAAACUUCCCUCCUCAUCGACGAGGAGAUCAGCAAUGAACUUCCCUACACCGAAUACCUGGAGUUCUUCGCGCCCGAUUUCAGUUUGCAUCCGGAGGUCGUGACGAGGCAGGAGAACGCCAACAGCAGGCAAUAUUUAGAAGCAAUCACAAAGUACGUGUACGACAAUCUGAAGAUGUGUCAACAUUCCCCGAGCGUGCAGAUGCACGACGUCCCUCCGGACGCCAUCCACGAGGACGAGAAGAUCAAGGAGGAGGAGAAUCCGGACGUGCGGAUCAGUCAGGACCUCGAGGAUAAGAUGGUGGACGCCAAAAACGAGUUUUACGACGGCGACAAGGAUCAGGAUAAGCCCGACGAAGACCUAUAGAAAGAGCACCACUCCUCACUCAAUCCUUUUUAAUUUUAUUUUUUACUUUGUAACUAUAGACUAUAUAAUUUAAAACGUAUAAAAAAAAACACACUAA